GAUCUUUCUUAUUUCAGGUUCUUCUGCGUGGCUGACCAAGUGAAGGUUUACACCAACCAGAACAAAACCAGGACCUUUAUUGGCUUGGAGGUCUCCGCUGGGCAUUUCCAGCUGCUGGAGCUGGUCUCGGAGGUGGACAGAGUUCUGGAGGAAUUUGACCUUCCCACGUUCUACAAGGACCCGUCAUUCCAUAUCAGCUUGGCCUGGUGCGUUGGGGAUCUGUCUGGCAGGCUGGAAGGGCAGUGUCUGCAGGAGCUCCAGGACAUUGUGGACGGGUUUGAGGACUCGGCGCUCCUGCUGCGUGUCCAAUGGGAGCAAAUUCGCUGCAAGUCGGGGAACAAGUAUUUCUCCUUCCCCUUGAGGUAGGGGCCGGUGGGGCUGUGCAUUUCAGAGCCUCGAAGACCCUGAUGUUCAACCAAGGACCGUUCUCCAGUGCAGCUCUGAGUGGCGCGGGCUGUCACACACCUCCCACGCUCUUCUUGCCUGCUCAGCAUCUCUGGGGUGUUUGUGGCCUCAAGUCAGGCUACUUCCAAGUUUGAGUUGCUGGCUGAAGAACUGUGUGUUUGUAGCAGAUUCCGUCCUCGCUGCUGUAUGUGCUGCAGUCAGCACUGGUGGUUCCAGCCAUCCCACGGUCGCUAAUUUUGCUGAUUUUUUAAAAAAGAAAAAAAAAAUCUCUAUAAAAGCCAUAGAUGCCUUAUGGGAAGGAGGAAGAAGGUAGCGUGGGAAGCUGUUUCUAAAGGGAGAGUGUCUCGCACGCUUGGAAGUAGCACUGCCUGAUUGUCAGGAGCCUCUGAGCAUGCUUUGAGUAGCAAGAGGUGAGGACAUGGAGCUGGACUCUCUCGCCAGAGCAUCUCCCUACUGUAAGCCAGCUCGGACAAGUUCCUGGGUCAUGCUUUGUGUCCCUCUCACACUGCUGUUGCCUCUAUAGAAAAAUUUCAGUAUCAGAUCCUUUUGCCAAACAGCA